AUGUCCCCGAUGGAUUUUGCAUCAGCCCGUGGCACCAAGCUUAGCGAUAUAGUAAUCGAUCACCGCCCCAGCACAGGCCGUGGCAAGAAACUCACCUUUGCGCAAGAGGGCGUUCUGAGGAGACUGUAUGAACAAGCAUUGCCCUCCGUGCCCAAUGGCAAGCUGCCAAUGAAAGGGUUUUGGGUGAAUCUCGCGUCGCGAUUUCACGAGCAGACUGGUCGGGAGUAUUCAUGGUUGUCUGUGAAGCGGCGGGCUGCAGGUUGGGGUCAAGAGUCUCUAGAAAUUGACCGGCGACUGGAUACCUCUCGUGUUAGCGAGCUCGGGAACAAGGAGUCGGUAGCUGAGCCUAGUCAUCAAGAUAUUGCUCGCGAAUCGCCACGACAGAAGGGUUCAUGCGACAGCGACCAACCCGCGCUGCCACAAAACAAGCUUUCCACGUACCCGCAGGAUUCGAAUACCCUGGAGUUAUCUCAACUUGAAAAAGGCCCCGGUGUCGGCGACGGGUUGCAGCGCAGUUGGUUUUCAGGUGUUAUAGACCCAAAUCAAGACACCAGUAGGAAGCCCAGGGCCCCUCGCAUGUCUCAACCCCGCCCCCAAUCAAAAUCGCCGCAACGUGUAUCGCAGCCUAGAUAUCGUCGCCGAUCUCCUUCACCAACGAAACGCGCCAAAAUUAUCUCCAAGCGGUUGCAUCACCAGCUGGCCUCCUCCUCCGAUGGAAUAAUCGCGUCUGGUCCCACCCCUUUGUCUGGCUCCUCCGCAGCCCAUGAGGAUGUGAAGCUCAGCCAUCAGAGUAAACGAAACCCCCUGGAUUCAACCGUGUCCGCGACACAGUGGAGAAAGAUGAGCCGGUGA